UACUCGCUUUGGCUCAUUCGCCACGUGACGAGGGCGUGGCUGUGGGACCGGAGGGGGCACCUAGUAUACAGGCGCUCUCAGCUCUGCCGGGUACGUGACGAGACUCCAGGAACGUCACGUGAGGCAGGGUUCGGCGGCGCUCGGCGAAAACCAAAGUGCAGCCGCUGACCUGGCAAAACUCAGAGCAGCUGGGCAGCCAUGCCCAAGUACUGCAGAGCGCCGAACUGCUCCAACACUGCAGGCCGCCUGGGCGCGGACAACCGCCCUGUGAGCUUCUACAAGUUUCCACUGAAGGACGGUCCCCGGCUGCAGGCCUGGCUGCAGCACAUGGGCCGUGAGCACUGGGUGCCCAGCUGCCACCAGCACUUGUGCAGCGAGCACUUCACGCCCUCCUGCUUCCAGUGGCGCUGGGGUGUGCGCUACUUGCGGCCUGAUGCGGUACCUUCAAUCUUCUCCCGGGCACCACCUGCCAAGAGUCAGCGGAGGACCCAACGCACCCAGAAGCCAGUCUUGCUGCCGCCUCCCCCACAGGAGAAUAUACCCCUGCCCCAGGGCCCUGCCAUCCCAGUCUCUAGCCCAGUGCACCUAGUGGUGCUGGACCCCACAUUGGUGAGCCCUGAGACUGCGGCCACCAUGCUCCUGACCCCCCUGGCCCCUGCAUCCAUUCCUGAGGAGUCACGGCCUGAAGUCCCUGCCCAACAGGCCUGGACCGGGCUGGGCGCAGUGCUGGGAGCACUGCAGCGCCGGGUGCAGAGACUGCAGCGAUGCCAAGAACGGCACCAGGCACAGCUGCAGGCCCUGGAACGGCUGGCACAGCAGCUGCAUGGGGAGAGCCUGCUGGCACGGGCACGCCAGGGUCUGCAGCGCCUGACGAGGGUCCUUGGACCUGAGGAAUCCCAAACCUUCACCAUCAUCUGUGGAGGGCCUGACGUAGCCGUGGUCCUUGCCCAGGGCCCUGCACCUGCCACAGUGGAUGCCAAGCCGGAGCUCCUGGACACUCAGAUCCCCAGUGCAUAAGGAUCAAGACAGACAAUGUCACGGGACAGAAGAUAGAAGAUGGAGGAGGAGAGACAUUACACAUGGGCUUGGCCCAGCACCACUGCCCGCGUCUGGGGAGUGGCAGUGCCUCCCUCAAGGGCCUGGGUUCCACCACCCCCUUCCUAGGGACCUCAUGAACCUUCAGGGUGACCUGGGCUCAAGUCUCUCAGCCCCAGUUCUGGGUACUCGGCUUCUGCCACCCCCAGCUCAGAUCUUUGCAAAUCAGUACAACUUCAGAGCAAAACAAGUGUUUGGGAAAAUUGUACCUAGUUCUAAGGAGCCCCGUGGCUUUGGCCAAGCCUGAUACUGAGUUGAGGGUACCAUGGUGAACACAGCUGAGAAAAUCCCUGCCCUCAUGGUGCUCAUUCUACUUGAGUAGACGAUCUAGUAAACAAAUAAAAAGAACAUUGCAGAC